CAUAACCUCCUUGCUGUACUGUCAAGGAAAACAAAAGCAAUGCAAUCUUGUCAUGUUUUGCCUACAUUUCAAGGAUUCGUUUAAUUCGGAGAUAUAACUGUCAGGUGGUACUUUCACAAGAUUGAUUGAACAGUUAAACCAGCGGAGACUUGUCUUUCUCAGCCAGUGAGCGCGAGGCAUCUGCAUGCAAGGUGCUGUUCCAAGUAUUUUUCCACCUCCUUGAUUUAUCAUCACAUCCAGAUAUGCAUUAGUUUUACUUUGGUUCUGUUUUGUGACUGAGGGGAAUGUGAAUGCAACAUGAGUUCUCCAAAAAAAGGAAAUGCAAGACAUUUAUCCAAAACAACUGAACUUUCUGGUCCUGUACAGAACAGCACUCAGAUUGAAAACCCUGACAGCCCAAAGAAAGAGAAGGACAGUAUGCAUACACAGAUCAAAAAUCCACUGAAGUCACCAGACAAUAUUUCUGAUAUAGAGCAUAACCACAAAUUGCCCAUUAAAACAGAAAAAUCAUGCUUUCAGACAUCUUCCUGCAUUGUUUCCAAGGAAGCAUCACACCAGGACGAACCUGAUUCACCUAUUUCGUCUUGUGGACAUGUGGAAAGUACUCAGUCUGAGCUCUCCGACAUAAGCUAUACAAAGAAAACAAUAAGACAAAAAAACCAAUAUAGCCAAGAAUCCCUCAAAGAACAUACUACCAAAAAUCUCCCAAAAGGAAAAGAGGAAAAUACUGGCCAGUUGAACAGUCACGUACCUUAUGAAACCAAAAAUGCUGAAGAGAAUAACUGCAAAUUUCAAACGACAACAGAAUUGCCAUUAAACACCACUGCUGAUUCCUCCACUGGUAGUUCUGUAGACAAGAAGAAGGAGAGAAGGAAGAUAGUGAAGAAACUUGCCAAAGAUGAAAAAAGAAAGCAACGUGAGCUUGAAUACAAAAAGAAUCUUCAGUACCCAAAGGGACAAAGGAUUCAGGUUAUUGAUCACAACACAUUCCACAAAAUUUUGAAGGAUUCUGGAUCUUUGCAAAGUGAAAAUAAGAGAUCAUUACUCAAUUCUGAAGAAUUUCCAGCAUUAAAUGUAUUGAAACGUAAUGACAGAUUUCCUGUAAUGACUUGCCAAAAUUCAUCAAUGCAGUCUGAAAGUGAAAAAUCAAGGGUGCAAGAUAAGGCUACUAACAACAUGGGAAAGUGUACGAAAAUAUCAGAGACUCACCCUGUUGUUAAUGAAGAAAUGAUAAACAAGGUGGGAAAGAAAUUUUGUGUUCCAAGUAAACUAAAUCCUAAAGGUUCCCUGAAGAAAAUAGGAAAGUUACCAAAGAAACGUGAUCCCAUACAAAUUGACAUUCUACAGUGUAUAAAGAUGGUAAAAUCGAAAGAUGCUGUGGUAGAACCAAGGAAAAAAGUGACUGCUUUGGAGAGGAAGAAUGAUAAUUCAUUGCUUGGUGGCAAUGAAUUGGAUUCAUCAAAUCCUCAACGUAGUCGGGGGAAAAAGAGAGAAAAACCAAAAAAGAAGAGGCCAACAAGACUGAAACUUGUUAUUCUUCAUGAACGUCAGCUGAAAAAUCAGCUGAAGAAGUUACAGGAAUCAGAUUUACUUCAAGCAGAGAAAGUGUGUUUUGGCACAGAAAAAACGAUAAAUUUACUAACAACAGAGGGCGAAAAGUUAAAACAAGUGGAACGUAUUACCAAUGUGUCAGACAAGGAAUCAAAAAAUUUACCAGCAACAGGGAGCAUAAAGCUGGAACGUGUGGAACCUGCUGCUAAUGUGCCAGACAGUGAAAUUGUUAAAACUGUGCCGGAAUCAAUGUAUUUACCAACAACAGUGGGCCUAAAGUUAGAACAGGUAAAACAUCUUUGUAACUGUUCAGACAGUGAAGGUGUUGGAACCGUUCCCGUAUCAGCGAAUUUGCUAACAACAAGGUGCAUAAAAAUAGAAAAGCUGGAACCUGUUACUAAUAUCUCAGACAACAAAGUUAUUGAAACAGUGCCAGGAUCAACAAAUUUACUAGCAACAGGAGGCAUAAAGCUGAACCAUGUGGAACCUGCUGCUAAUGUGGCGGACAAUGGAAUUGGUAAAACAGUGCCAGGGUCAAUGUGUUUACCAACAGCAGGGGGUCUAAAGUUAGAACAGUUAGAACAUCUUAGUAAGAUGCCAGACAAUGAAGCUGUUGAAACAGUUCCAGGAUCAAGGAAUUUACUAACAACAGGGUGCAAAAAAUUAGAAAAGCUGGAAUGUGUUACUAAUAUGUUAGACAGUGAAGUUGUUGAAACUGUGCCAGGAUUCAUGAAUCUGUUAACAGAAGGGGGCAUAAAAUUAGAAAAGAUAGAAUCAGUUACUGAUGUGCCAGACAAUGGAAUUAUUGAAGCAAUGUCAGGAGAAACAGCUAUGUCAAAAGAAGGCAGAUAUAAGUGUGAGGCGCCAUCCUCUGAUAGCAGGACUGCAGCAGCAAGUACGAAUCAGUUUUCGAAUGCUGAAGAUGACAGUCAGACCUACACGCUAAGCAGUCUACACAUAAACAAUAAUCAACCAUACGCAAAUGAAAGAGGAAGAGUUCCUGAUCUUAUGCCAUCUUUAUUGUACUCUGCAACAGAGAUUCUGAAGAAAGAAAAGCAAGAAUUCAUUAGUUUAGUGAAGGAAAGUAGUUGCAUUGUAAAUUUGAAGCAAGGCCAGCAUUCUGUAGCCACUGCUGGUGACGACAUUAAACCUACACACAUUUCAUCAAAUGCCAUAAAAUGUGAAAUUAUACUUAGCUCACCGAAUGAGCAUUGUACAGGUAGUGUGGAAAAUGUCAGUUUUACAGAUUCAGAUACAUCUAACAAGCUACAUCAGAUCAAAUGCAUAAAGUUUCCCAAAGGUGAAGAUUGUGAUAGUCCCUCACACCAUGAAAAAACAAUACAGAAGACUGAAAUUCACAGCAGAAAAUUCAGGCCGUACUGUGACCACUUCAUAACACCUGAGAUUAACAGCUCUGUCACCACUUUGCUUCAAGAUGUAGUUAAAUUUCAUGAUCGCCAAUUUGAAAGGGAUCCUGUAAAGGCUAAUGCUAGACGCAGGCAUGUCUCCGGUCUCCGUGAGGUUCUCAAGUACCUGAAUCUUAAAAGGUUGAAGCUGAUCAUAAUAGCACCAGAUAUGGAACUCGUUGAGGGCAAAGGGGGAAUAUGUGAUAUUGUGGAACAGCUUAAGGAAGGUGCACGGAAACAGGAGAUACCAUAUGUGUUUGCCCUACAAAGGAGGUCACUUGGGAAAAUCACAUUCAAAAAAGUCCCUGUGAGUUGCAUUGGUAUCAUUAACUAUGAUGGAACUGAGAAAAAUUUUCAUUCUUUGGUGGCGGCAUUGCAGGUUGCAAGACUUCAAUACCAAGAAGCAUUAACAGAUGUAUGUUUCAAGGAAACACAGUCAGAGGAAGUGGAUAUAAACAAACAAGUGAUUGAAGCUGCACUUUCAAGACUAACAGAAAAUAGUUCAACAUCAUGUUUGGAACAGAGGCACUUAUGUGCAGAAACAGAUCAGGAAUGGGAGGAAUAAGUUUUUAUAUUCUGUAUUGGGUGUAAAAGUUUGUAUUACAGAAUUGAAAUAAUGGAACAUAAUAUUAUUUUUUGUAUAUAAAAUAUGUGUACGAUACAGUAAUUAAAUUCCUAUCUUAUAAUUAAA